UUGACCAGCUAAAACCAGCCAAUGAUCCUAGGCUGGUUUAAGCUGUUUUUGUCAGUAGGUUGUUAAGGAUAGAGAAGUUACUCUCUGGAAAGUCUAAAGUUUGUUUAAAUAUAGUCAUUAACUAUAAAUACCAACCAUAAUACGUUUGUUUUUCAUAAUAAUUAUUUGCUUCAAGCUGUCUUUUUUAUGUAUUUUUAUUAUUCUUACAUUUUGUUAGCUGUUUUUACUGGUUAUACUUAAGGAAACUAUAUAUCUGUCAGCCAUGAAGUAUUUAAUUUGCUUUUUAAUUAUGUUCAGUGCAUUUUUAAAAACAUUUUGUGCUCAAUUUCACCUCAUAUAUAUGAUCUAGAUGAAUUUUAGUUCACAUUAGUAAUUGUUUUUUUCUCGUAAAUUGUAUUUAUUUAUCCCGCCUUGCCGUGAUGACGUCAACGCUGACGCGUUCAUUCAGCGUCGAGUCUUCAGAGCUGAGCUCUGCCACCAUCAGUGAAAGACAAAUACAGAGUUUAUUGAAGGACAGUGAGAAGAUGAGUGAUCCAGAACCCUGCACAAUUAAACAGGAAGAGACUGAAGAACUAAUAGAUGUGAUGGUGAAGGUAGAGAAUGAAGAACUGAGUGAAGAUGAGGAGAAACAUCAUGUCAAAAAGGAAGAAGAAACUCGGAUAAAAACCGAACAUGGUGUGUCAAUGGAAACAACAACCAUAAAAGGUUUGACCUGCACUCAUUGUGGAAAGAGUUUUCGGGACAAAUACAAUCUGAGGACUCACAUGAUGAUCCACACUGGAGAGAAACCUUACAAGUGUUCACACUGCGACAAGAGAUUCUAUACUUCAGCACAUCUGAAAACACACGAGAGGACGCACACUGGAGAGAAACCUUACAAGUGUUCACACUGCGAGAAGAGAUUCGCAGAUUUAGGACACAUGAAGACACAUGAGAGGACUCACACUGGAGAGAAACCGUACCGCUGCUCUGAUUGUGGGAAUAGUUUCAAACUAUUUUCUUAUCUACAAAGACACACAAAAAAAUAUCACGACCUGACUGUGAGGAAGGAAGGUGAAGAGAUGAGUGAAGCCAUGAAGGUCCAUCUUAGUACAGUUCGAAAAGAGAAGAAACAUUCAUGCUCUUGGUGUGGAGUUGGUUUCGCACGUCAGUCGUGUUUAAAAAUACAUGAGAUGAUCCACACUGGAGAGAAACCUUUUAAGUGUUCAGACUGCGACAAGGGAUUCACUCGAAUAGAAUUUCUGAAAAAACACAAGGUGAUUCACACGGGAGAGAAACCGUUCAAGUGUUCACACUGCGACAAGAGAUUUGUUCGGUUAGAUUGCCUGACAAGACAUGAGAGGGUUCACACUGGAGAGAGACCUCACGCAUGUCCUGAGUGUGGGAAGAGUUUCAGAAUAGAAGCAGAUCUUCUGCUGCACAUGAGGAUCCACACUGGAGAGAAAGCACACAGAUGUGAGCAAUGCGGCCGAACAUUUGUAGUGGCUUCACUGCUGAAGGACCAUCUCGGAAUUCAUACAAAGGAGAAGCUUUAUUCAUGCUCUGAGUGUGGAAAGAGUUUUACACGACAGUCGUAUUUAAGAAAACAUCAGGAGGUGCACAAUAGUGUGAGGAAGCAUGUGUGCAUCGAGUGUAAGAAGACUUUUACUAGAGCUCACUCGUUUAAACAGCACAUGAUGAUCCACACUGGAGAGAAACCGUACAAGUGUUCACACUGCGACAAGACGUUCAAUCAGAUACCAACACUGAAAGCACACGAGAGGAUUCACACUGGAGAGAGACCGUACACAUGUACUCAGUGUGGGAAGAGUUUCAGGCAGUCAUCAAACUUUUCUAAACACUUGAGGAUCCACACUUCACAGAGUCAUACUGAAGAAUCUAAUUAAGGAUCUGAGAGUCCUUAUAGCAAACCUAUGUGUGUUGCUUCAAGAAAACAACCAUUCGUAACAAUUUUAAUUUGUUUAUAUUUAUUUAUUAUUUAUUUUAAUCAUAUGAUUAUUAGUCAUUUAUAUAAUUAUCAUAUUUUAUUGAUUAUUUGUAGGUCCACACGGAAUCUGCGCAUGCAGAAAUCCGCAGAUUUUUAGCCGAUAAUCAAGUCAAUUGUUUACUUGUGUAAAUUUAUAUUUAUUCAGUUUUUGAAUUAAUUUGAGUAAUAAUAUUGACUAAUAUGAAAAAGGUUAUUUGAUUUAUUUACAAUACAGUAGUCUUUUAGUAGAUAUAUUAUAUGAGAGACUUGCUUUGUUAACCAAAUAAGUGGAUCUAGAUCACGGGUGUGCAAACUCGGUCCUGGAGGGCCGGUGUCCUGCAUAGUUUAGCUCCAACUUCCUUUAAAGCGUCACGAAACACCAAAACACAUGUUUUGAGCUGUUGACUGUCGUAUAUGUGUCCCACACUGCUAAAAACACUAUUAGGACACCUAUAUUUCACUAAAAAGUGUAAAUUGGUUGUUUUUGCGUUAUUUCAAGCAAAUUCGUACUUCCGAUUUGAAACGAAUUUUUGAAGCUGCGUCACGGUCAUGACAUAAUAGCGUGUAUUCCAGCGUGCAGACUGGACGUCUGUGCCAGAGUGUGUCUUAUUACGUCUUACAGUGUGAUGCAUUAAUGCAUGAGUAAGGCUUGAUUCAAACCAAUCAGCGCGCUCUAUUGUGCAACUUCAUUAAUAUUCAUUACUGUCACAGUGUUUAGACGACAGAGACGCCACGUUGUGUUGGCAAAACAAGCGUGAAGUGUUGCUUUUAUAGUUUGCUGCAGUGAAGUUUUGUUUUCAUUUUCUCUCUGUGAGAGCGCAGCUGGAGUCACGUGGAUUAACAGUGUACGCGACGCUCGACAACAGUAACUUGCGUGUCUAAGGAGGAUUAUUGUUUACCUGAGAGAGUUUUUUUUUUCUCUGAUUCGCCGUGCGGUAUCAAACAUUGCAUGAAAAAUACACGCUUAGAGCAGUUCCUCGAAUCAAAUAUCUCGUUUGUCGCGAGGGGCAUGAAUGAAUUCCCUGAAUGAAAGAGCCAAACUGCAGUUAAAGUCCACCAUUUAAUAAUUUGGCAAAUAAUUCGAUUACAGAUGUCCAUGUAAACACCAUCACUUUUUCCCGUGUUUGUGUGUGUGUUUGUGUGUGUGUUUUGACUUGCGCGUGCCCAAAUAGACACUCCCACACCAUCCCACUUUAGUUCCUCCGACACUCCCCCCUAAACAGAGCUGGACACGCCCACUUUUCUGACUUUUUCCAAAGUAGAGGUGUGAAAACACCCUGCUGAAACGAGGGGGUUUCAUGGCCCUUUAACACACCUCCCUGAAAGUUUUUAUCAUACCUAGUAAGAGCUUGAUUAGCUAGUUCAGGUGUGUUUAAUUGGUGUUGGAACUUAAAUAUGCAGGAAACUGGCCCUCCUGGAAUGAGUUUGGACACCCCUGAUCUAGAUGCAUUUGCAUUGUAAGCAUAAAAGUCUCGAUCCCAAAAAGUUAAGAAGGUAUUAUUUUUUCAUAAAUAAAGUUUUUAGUUUUGAUACUCCAAAAAUAAUUCUGCAUAAAUCCACAGAUUUUGAUUAAAUUCUCAGCAGAAAAAGCAAAAAAUGUCCACAGAUUCUGUCUGGCCCUAAUGAUUGGUUAAUAAUUUGAUGUUUUUUUUUUUUAAUUUUAUUAUGUUUUUAUAUUUUAUUAUGACAUUUUUUUAUAAUUAUUGCUUUAUUACCAUCUCCUUUUUCCAUUUUGUUGUAAUCGUAUGACUGUGUGGUCUCAAGCGACACUCAAUUUCAUGAGUAAGAGAUAAGAGAAUGUCUCCGUUUCAAGGUCUGUAUUGUCUCUGGACGAUGUGGUGAAGCAUUAAUUUUCCAUUGCUGUUGCUUGUGGUAUAAUAACACUUGUUGGGUUUGUCCUGGAGCAUUUAAUCAUACGCAACUAAGAUUAUUAAAUAAACUCUGCUCUUACUUCAUCA